AUGUUUCUACUGGAAAUUGGUGACGGAGUUAGAAGGGGAGAUGGUCCAUGCAGAGAAGGCAUUUUAUCUCUCGGCGAAACACCAUUGGGCUUUCCUUUACGGUUUACAGACAUUAUCAAGAACCUUAAAAAACCGUUCCCUUAUGAAUCGAAGCACGCAAUUCAAUCAAGAGAAUCCGAACAAAAUGAUUCUCAGCGAAGUAGUCUCAAACAUAGUCGUAUUGGUGGAUAUGUGACAUUGGGUACGACUACUAAAUCUUACGAUUAUUUUUGGAUCCUCAUAUGUGAAGGGUUCUGUCGGGGAGAAGUUUGGAUAGCCACUUGGUCUGGAGAAUUCUUCCCUUGUACACCGAGAAUGACAUUUAAGGAUUGGUUGCAGGACUGGGUCCAAAACGAUGGACAAAAGCUGAGAUUGAGCUUGAUGAAUACGGGAAGUCCGUACUUUGUCGAGGCAGGAGAAGAGGAUAGCAGUGAUGAUGAGGCGGUUGAUAGAGAUGAUAAUAAUGCAUCUAACAGCAAUGAUGAUGAUGAUACUUCCUCUUCUGAUUUCUCAUUCACGCGAGCAAUUAUGCAGUUGUAUAGACGAGGUCAACCUGUCGAUCUUCGCUCUAUAUUAAAUCAAUCUCAUGAAGAAAGCCCUGCUACUUCUUUUUGGUUUUUUGAUAGUGAAGAAUUAGGAUUAGAGAUAGAGGAAUUGUUAGCAGAUGAGGAUGAGUAA